CUUGACUGGACGAUACGGCGCGGGACACGAGCUGGACAGAAGUACCCUCCGGAGCACGAGGAGGUGUGCCGGAAGUUCAUUCUGAGAGUCGCUAGUGUCGUUCGUGAUGAGGAUGUCCCAGCGUCCUGCAUCGUGAACUGCGAUCAGACAGGGAAGACGUACGCAUCGGGGAACAAGGUCACCUAUGCUCCUGUUGGCUCCAAACAGGUCGCCAUAGUCGGCGCAGAAGAGAAGCGUGCCUUCACAAUCGUAGUUGGCGUCUCGGCAAGUGGCAAGGCCUUGCCUUUUCAAGCAGUGUAUCAAGGCUCGUCGAAGGUGUCGUUGCCGCAAGGUACUCCAGGUUGCAACGAGGCGAAGGAACUAGGUAUCCGCUUUGAAAACUCCAAAACGAAGACUUACUGGUCGACCUUGGACACAAUGUGUACGUAUGUCAGGGAUGUUCUUGUUCCCUAUCUUGAGGAGCAACGAGCCCUUCUUGGACGUCCAGAUCAACAGUGCAUCUGGAUCAUAGAUGUCUGGUCAGUCCACAGAUCGAAGGCAUUCCGGGGAUGGAUGAAGCGGUACUAUGUCUGGAUCAUAGUCAUCUUCAUACCCGGAGGCUGCACGGGUCUC